CCCGAGCCAGCUUGUCUGCUAGAGAGAGAGAGAGAGAGAGAGAGAGAGAGAAAGAGAAGAAACCCUAGCGAUCGAUCGAGACGCAGCGAGGGAGGGCGAUGGAGUACCCGGCGGCGGUGGCCGGAUCGGGAGGCUACAAGUACUGCUACCCGCCGCCGGCGAAGCCGCACUCGCACUCGCAGCCGCUUCGCCGCCCGCCGCGCCCCGCCGCCCGAUGGGUCAAGCAAUGGAUCCCUCAGGAUCUCGCGGCCUCCGGCGGCAAAUGCUCCCUCUUCAAGUGGGUCAAAGAGGAUGGGUACAAGAAUUCCAAGGAUAACCUCAAAGGUCCGGAGGUAGAGGCCCCCAAGCCUGAACCGACCAUGGAGAUCCUUUUCCUCUGCAGUUACGAUAAUUGUGGCAAGAGCUUUGUAGAUGUCAGUGCUCUCAGGAAGCAUGCGCAUGUGCACGGGGAGAGGCAGUAUAUCUGCCAGGAGCCUAACUGCGGGAAGAAAUUUGUUGAUAGCUCCAAGUUGAAGAGACACCAUCUUACUCACACAGGACAAAAGGAUUUUGUUUGUCCUCAUCCAGGCUGUGGUAAGGCCUUCUCAUUGGAUUUUAACUUGCGGUCGCACCUGAAAACACAUGCAUUGGAGAAUUAUCAUAUAUGCCCGUUCCCAGCAUGUGGUAAAAGAUUUACAAGCGACUCCAAACUAAGAGUCCAUGUCAAGGCACAUGAAAAGACUGGAACUCCUGUACCAGUGCAACAUACGCCACCAUCAGAAAAACUGCAAAGCACCGUGAAGCCUUCUACUCCAGCAACCACAAGCUAUGCUGAGCGCCCCUAUGUCUGCCCCUACGAAGGUUGUGACAAAGCAUACAUUCACAGUUACAAAUUGAACCUUCAUCUAAAAACUCAGCAUCCUGAACACGGUCAAGAGGAAAAUGGUAAGGUCAGCAUGCCUGUUGGUCAGCAUGCUGUGAAUGAUCCCACCUAUCAGUAUAAUUAUGCUGAGAUUGGUGACACCGCACCAAACCCAAAAAGAAGCAAGACGAAACGAGUGCACAAGGUCCCUUCAUCUAAAGUGUACAAUGCCAAGGUAUCCAGUGCAAUGCCUGCCAAUAUCAGUGGUGUCAAGAACCAGUGGUCAGGUAAGGCUAUGUACGAAGAUGAUAGUGAAGAGACGGAAGAAGAUGGUGGCGACAGCAUUGAAGAUGGCUGGAGAUAUGGCAACAAUGUUGAUGAUGAGGAAACACAGGAUGAAGAUUGACCAGCAGCUCCUCUUCUUCCCUUUACUGACAUCCUGCUGAGGUGCAUCCAAGUUAGAUGUGGUGGUCUGUCCCCUUUUAGUUUCUGCAAAUUCUAGACACUGGUAAUUAGUGGAUAUUUUUUAACUUUAACAGUAGACAGUAGUCGGCUUAGAUUGUGCAUGGAUAUAAAUUAUUAUCUGUUAAUCUGUUCCUGAAUAUCGGCCUCUCCAGAAAACCUCUGUUCCCAGUAAUA